AUGCAGGAAGCUGAGGAACAAGACACUUGUAGAAUAUGCAGUGCCCCCGCAGAACCCGAGCAACCUUUAUUUUACCCAUGCAAAUGCUCUGGUACUAUUCGCUAUAUUCAUCAAGACUGUUUGACGACUUGGCUCGCUCAUAGCAAGAAGAAGACUUGCGAUGUGUGUAAGCACCCAUAUUCAUUCACGAAAGUGUACGCGACCGACAUGCCGACUCGCCUACCGCCAGUGCUAGUUCUUCGACGUGUUGCUCAACAAGCUUUCUUUGCAUUACUUUUUGCAUUACGAGGCGUCGUGGUGGCGGGAAUCUGGCUGGCAGUCCUUCCUUGGGCAACAGUGAUGACCUGGAGAAUGUAUUUUGCGAUGGGUGAUUCAACUGCUUGGUGGAUAAGUGACCGUCCACGACCAGCUGAUGCCCCCGAAUAUCGUAGCCCGAUCUACAUGCUUUUCUAUGCCGAGUCACCUACAGCACCUCCACCCGAUAGCUUCUUCGGCCGAGUGGCUGCACAUCCUCUGUGGCAAACUCUUUCCGCCGACAUAUUCACUGGCCAGAUAAUUGCUUCCCUUGUGGUUCUUACCUUUGUUGCUGUCUUCUUGCUGCGAGAAUGGAUAUCUCAAAAUGCACGACCGGGAGUAUUUGAGGACGAAGAACAACCGGCUCAAGCACCUCCAGUCCUAGAAGAAGCACCCCCACCCGCACAAGAACGAUUACCCCUCCCACGACAGAAUGCAAUGGUGAUGGACCGCCUUGAAUUAGCAGAAAGACGACGACACGUGCUGCGAAAUUUGGAGCGGGCACGACAGCGACCCGUUCGGAAUCGUCGGAUAGAUGACGAUGAACUCCCCAUCCGGCCCCUCCCAGCACGACGGCUACGAAAGCCAAUGCCACCGCUGCAUGAUGAAACUGCACCAGCCGAUCUCACGAAUUCGGACAAGUUUGAGUUCACAUUCAGAUCUCCCAGGGAGCUCCCAAGAGAUAGAGCAAGACGUAGUUUCUCCGCGCCUCCCCGUUCAAGAUUGGAGCCUGAUUCCCCGAGCGAUGGUCUGAGGCGGAGGCGUUUGGCGAGGAACAUUUUAUUGACUGAGGAGGAAGAGCAACCCCGGCAUCUCAGCAAGAAGAGGCAGAUUGACAUGGUGGAGCAAUCAAACCAUAGAUCGCAUGUUGUUCGCGAGCAAGGACCUUUCGACGACGAAUCUCCCCGGCGACCCGAACUUCCGAGUAUUGACCCAGUUGCGAUCUCUCUCCCAAGUUCUCCUCGAGGCUCACCGACACUCGCUACAUACCGUGCUCCAGAAGAAUUGGAACUAGAUGAUUCUGAACCUGGACCAGCAACGCAACGUUGGGUUGAAAAAGGAAAAGGAAAAGCUAAAGCGGUGGAUCAGGAGCCGGAUGCGGAGUUUGAACAUUUGCGGUAUCUCAGCUCCGAGUCGGAGGCAGAGGAUGAUGAUGUAGCCAAAGAGGGAGACUCGACGAUGCCCAGGCUGCAGUCUGUUAGCGACUCAGAUAGUGGUGAACUGAUUGAUCGAAGCACACCAAGCCCGGGCCGGAACACGCCGGAACUGAGGAGCACAUCAAGUCCAGAUUCGCCUUUCCAGGAUAUUCCGAGCCCCCGCGAUGAAUUCAACGAGGAUGAUGAUGAAAUGGACGAAGAUGAUGAGGGAGAAGACGAAGACGAUGAUUUGGAAGGACCUCCACGAGUUGCAUUCAAUCCGAAUGCUCCAGUUUGGCAAGCCAUCCAAAUUGAAGACGACGAGGUGGCUGAGGUUGGGGAUGGAGAAAUGGAUGGUCCUGCUCAAGAUCAAGAUCAAGGACCUGCGCCUCCAAUCGCUGAUGGCGGCAUCGUGGAUGCUGCAGGUGAUGACUUUGAUGGUAAUGUGGAAGACGAUAUGGACGGAGCCAUGGAAGCUAUUGGCAUGCGUGGUCCCGUUUUUGGAGUCAUACAAAACGCUGCACUAAUGAUAUUCGUUUUGGACACCGCUAUCGGGCUUCUUGUAUGGAUUCCGUUCACAUUGGGAAAAUCAACUGCUUUGCUUGUGCUCAAUCCUCACCGGCUCCUAAAAAUUCUCCAUCUACCCAUUCGUGCUAUUCGACUCCUCACGGAUCCUAUUGUGGACUCGGUGAUGUAUAUCAUUGCCUCACUACUCAUUCCUUUCAUUACAAGGACGCUAUUCCGCCUAGUCAACGUCGUUUUUGUCGUCGCCUUGUUCAUCACAUCCAUGGUCCUUGGACAACCGACCGUUGAUAGGGCACUCGAGACGAGCAAAUCGAUGUUGGAACCCUUGCUGCAAUUUUUGGACCAGCCAUUUGAGCAUAUCAUGGCUUGGAAUGCUCAAGCACCAGCGCCGUCUCCUGCGCCGUCACCGCCCUCUGUCUUGUCCAAAUAUCAAUCAGAUGUUAUAGACGCUGUGGAACCUUACUUUGCUGUUCUAGGCAAAGAAGUACGUGUCAAUGCCCUGCACCUUGGCGAGGGUUGGACGCAGCUUGCCUUGGGCUAUGGUGCCAAAGACAGGAUAUUCGCCAUCUUUUUAGGAUACCUGGUCUUGAUCUUUCUCGUUGCACUCUACCUGAACCUGCUCACGGUUGGGAAUAUGAAGUCUGCUGGUCGAGCAGUCAGGACCGCUGUCCGUGAGCAACUUCUUGUUGUUAAGGUUGCUGCUUUCAUAUUCAUCGAGCUGGUGACCUUUCCCUUGGGCUGCGGCAUUGUGCUCGAUCUUUGCACGGUCUUCUUGUUUCCUGAAGCGAAUAUGGCUUCGCGCAUCGAAUAUUUCAAGUUUGCUCCCCUUACCGCCAUGUUCUAUCAUUGGGUGGCAGGGACGAUGUUCAUGUACUCUUUCGCUGUGCUAUUAGCUGGCUGUCGGUCCCUCCUAAGGAAAGGUGCUAUGUGGUUCAUCAAGGACCCACAAGAUCAAAAUUCUCACCCCAUCCGCGACAUUCUUGAUCGACCUACGCUCACGCAGCUACGCAAGAUCUUCAUCAGCGGCAUCAUGUACUCUGUAGUUGUUGCUUGUGUUGUCGGCAGUGUUGCUUCCUUGUUAUACGUAGGGCAAAAGUCUAUCCUACCGUUCCGAUGGAAGAACAGGGAACCUUUAUCCGACGUGCCACUGGACCUUAUUUUCCUCCACCUAAGUUUGCCAUACACAAUGCAUUACCUCAGACCCCGCACAGGCAUCAAGCGUGUAUCCAAGGCAUUAUGGAAGCUGCUGGCUCGUCGACUGCGCCUCUCGUCGUAUUUCUUUGGCGGCCGCUAUUUGGAGGAGGAGUUCACAGUCGCAACAUGGUCAGAUGCCAUUUUGGGAGCAGAAAUCGACAUGGAGGACCCCAAAAAUAUUCGUGAUGGAUCUUUCCGUCGGGUGCCUGCGUCUGACAACAUUGCCUUACCGCGAGAAAUGCGCGCGACCGCUGCAGUAUCAGAAAGCGGGCAUCCUAUAGACGAAGAAGCAGCGCAGCUUAUGAUAAUGCAGGACCAAGAGGCCGUCAAAGCCAAACGGCAUCCACACGAAGAUUAUAUGGUCGUUUAUCUUCCACCAAAAUUCCGCUACCGAGUCUUUUUCUUCGUGGCCAUUCUUUGGGUCAUCGGAGCCAUCUUCCUUGGGCUGGUGUUUGCUCUUCCAAUCCAACUAGGUCGAGGAUUUUUCGCCUUGUUUGUGAAGCAGGAAGUGCAUGAUGGGUACUCGUUCAUCAUUGGAGCCUAUCUACUGUGGGGUUGUUACCUGAUCGGCCGGGCAGUCGACCGGCUGGAUAAACGAAGACAACGUCGAGGUGGUGAUGACCCUAGGGCAGAUUUAUGGUUAUUGGUAAUCAAACGGGGUCUGCUCUGGCUUGCAAAAAUAACCUACAUGGCGCUCUUCCUUGGUAUUGUUGUUCCCACUCUCGUCUCGCUAGUCGUGGACCUGUAUAUCGUCCUUCCCAUUCGUCUCUCGCUGGACCCUACACUUGUUCCUCGCGUCAGGAUCGUAGACUCAUGGGCGAUGGGUCUGUUGUACAGCAAGAUCAUGCUACAUGUCAUACUCGCUCAACCACACAACAACAUCACGAGAGGCCUCCAGCACAUCAUGAACAAUGGCUGGACACAUCCUGAACCUGUGGCUGCCACCAAGCAAGUCAUUGGGCCGCUCACGUUUGGCCUGAUGGGCAUGAUAUUCCUUCCGGGGGGAGUGUUUGUGCUAGUCCGACGAUAUUUGCCGUUGGUAUCAAGUAACAGCAAGCUUCUCUUCAUGGAGGUAUACCCAGCCAUCUUUGUGGCGGCUGCUUGUAUCAGGUUUGGUUCAGUCAUAGUUGACAUGCUUGGGACAUGGUCCCAAGCAAUCCGCGACAAAGAGUUUUUGGUAGAGCUGCGGUUGCGGAACUUAGAGAUGGAGGUAUCAAUGCCGAUACAGCCCGGGGAUGGAGACCCUGGAGAGAAUGACGCACCUAUAUAA